AAUGACGGUGCGAGCGCGCUGCGGCCGGCGAGUGGGUGAACCGUUGGUUGGCAGUAACGAGGGCGGCUGAGCUACUCACAAAGCUGAGGCUAACUUGACAAAACAUGCAGUUACAAGUGUUUGUGGGCUAUAGUCUUGUUAUGAUGUGCUUUGCACACGUUCAUCAUAAACACGAGUCAGUCAAUGAUGAAGACCACUAUGUGGAUGAUGAGCAUAAUCCGGACUUCGAUAGGGAUAUCCUUCUUGGCAGAGAGGAUGAAGUAGAUGAGUUUGCCAAACUGACACCUGAGGAGCAACAGUCCCGGCUCAAAUCUCUUAUUAAGAAGAUGGAUACCGAUUCAGAUGGCUUCAUAACCAAAGAUGAACUCAGUGCAUGGAUUCAGAAGUCAUUCAGACAUUAUGCCACAGAGGAGAGCAAAGAACAGUUUCCACAGCAUGAUCUAGAUGGCAAUGGAAUGGUUACUUGGGAAGAGUAUAACAUUCAUAGUUAUGACCGAAUGCUGAAUUUUGAUGAGAGUACCCCAGUGGAAGAUGAAGAAGAAGAAUCCCUCAAACAGAUAUUUUUGAAGGAUAAAAAGCGUUUUGACAAAGCAGACAUUGAUGGAGUACCUGGACUGUCACUGGCAGAAUUUGUUGCAUUUGAACAUCCCGAAGAAACUGAUUAUAUGACGGACUAUGUCAUACAGGAUGCUUUGGAUGAACACGACUACAACAAAGAUGGGUUUGUGAGUUUAGAGGAAUUCCUUGGUGACUAUCGGAAAGACCCAGAUUCCGAUGCUGAACCAGAAUGGGUCACUGUGGAAAAGGAUCGGUUUGAAAAUGAUUACGACCUGGACAAGGACGGCAAGCUUAGUAGAGAGGAACUUUUGUUGUGGAUUGUUCCCAACAACCAGGACAUUGCACACGAUGAGGCUGAACAUCUCAUUAAAGAAAUGGAUACAAAUGGAGAUAAGAAACUCACAGAAGGAGAAAUACUUGCAAAUCAAGAGCUCUUCCUUAACAGUGAAGCAACUGACUAUGGUAGCCAGCUACAUGACAAGAAAUUCUAUCACGAUGAACUUUAGUGCCAAUAAUCCUCCAGUGCUAAGUUUGUUUCUGUAAAUAAUUAAAAAGACCACCUUCAAAGAAACUCACUGCUGGGAUAAGUACUGACCAAUAACGAGUAAUCAUAGAAUAAAAUACAUUGACAAAUAGAUUUUAACCCCAUUACUCCUGUUAUGUUAAUAUUCUUCUUUCUUGUUUCUCUUGUGUUGUCAUGAAGAGAUUGAGAAUUCCCUAAAUUAUUGCAGACCCUAUUGCCAUGGUGAAUAUUUGUAGCCAAUACUAAAAUUGUACAGAUUAUAGGUAAUAACUGUACCUCUUUUUCAAACUAAUGCUAAUACUUUUAUAAAAAGUGGGUAAUCAACUUUCACCACCAUAAGGCAGUACAGUAAAUUUCAGCUUUUUCUGAAUGAAGUACCUUCCCUUUUCUGAUCAGUUAUAAGUUUUAAAAUGUAGUACAUGCAGAGGAAAUGUUCUUAAAAAAACUACUUGGGGAAAUGGGGAAUGAUUUCUUGUUCCCAUUACCUUUAUUCUUAAAUGCGGUUUAGUAUGCGAAUUUAGGAUUUUACCACAAAAAUGGAAGUAUUCUCUGAUAGGAAAUCUCUAAUAACUGGUAUGGAUUCUUUCAGACAUCCAUACUUAGCACUUAAUCUGUUAUUUCACUCAGCAGAGGAAAAAUGUGAACUUGUCAACCACUGUAGUAGAAGUUGCACUUCUAGGUUUAAUUGAAGAGCAUUGUUGAGAUAAACAGCAUCACAUCUUGUUUAAUUGUGCUGUACAUUAUUAAGGAAUUUUGGAAAUUCUGGACAUAGAAAUGGGGAAAGUUUAUGACCCCAACAGUAACAUAAUUCACCUUAAAAACAUAAAAUUCACAAGAGCAAAUGUUUUUGGAAAUUUACAAAGCAUUUGUAAAUUAAAAAAUUCAUUCUGGAUGCAUUAAUUAGUUUUAACAUUUUUUUCUCAAAAUUCUUUAUACUUCAUUAACAUAGGCAGCCAAAUAAUUGCUCUGCUCUAUGUUUUAAUUGUUUAAAGUUACCAGUUAAGAAAUAAACUUCAGUGUUGCUAUACAUAUGUUAAUUUUAUUCUGUAAUGUAUCAUUUGAUGAUCCAUGAAACCUAUUGUUGAAUAAUGUUCUUUCUUGGUUUUAGCUUUGCUGGGGAAGGGGAGGAAAUAGGCAUUUCUUUCUGGCAUUCUCCAAAAUUUAUUUUGUACAUCCUGAUAUGUAUUUUAUUUCUUGAAAAUCCAGAACUUUGUUGCACUGUAGCCUGUUAUAGCCUCCAUUCCUCUUGAUCUAAUAUGCACAGUGCUCAGUGCUAUGUAGUUAUUCUAGAAUCAAAAUUAUUUUGCUGUUAUUUCAGAAGUCACAAAUCAAUAUAUUUGGUACAGUCUGCAUGAGUAACAACUCAAGAUAGUUAAUUACUUGCUUCCUGCAUUUAGUUGUUCUUGUCAUUGGAGCAUCCAUAAAUGACAAUAUCAAUUUGCCAUCUCUCCUUCCCCAUGGAACUAAUCAGCAUGCAUGAAUUUUUCUGCACAGAAUAUUUAAAGAACAGUGCUACUGAAAAUGUACACACUUUAUAUUUAGUAUUUCAGUAAUUCAUUAGUCCCAAAUUUUUAUUGAAAAUGCUGCUUUUAAAACUAGAGUUCUGUUUUGUUCAGGAUAUGAAGUACUGCACCAUCAGCUUUAUAUCGUGUAAAACUAAAUUACUGUAAAUGCAGCUGGCUAAUUAACUUGUGAAAUUUCAGUUCAGAAAUUACAUUAAUAAUAGAUAUUAAUGUGGUUCACUCUAAAAUUUAAAGAAUAUAAAUCCAUUGAAGAUGUAGUAGUUGACCUAGGUGUCCCUGAACUUGCCUAUUUAAAAAAAAAUUCAAUAUCGAGCAUUUGCUAUUCCUCUUUGUAAUCUUAAUAUUUCUCCACUUUUAUCAGGGUGACUUACAACGAGGUGAUUUUUAACAUUAAUUUACAUGGUUGUUUGCGUAAAUAUUCUACACCCAACUUUUUAUAGUAACCAACACUGCUGUUGAAGGCUUACCAACUGUAUAGACAUUGAACUGUGCAAAACAUUAACGAAGUAUAAUAAAACAGUAAAGGUCUACAUUGACAAACAACACUUGGGGGGAAAAUAUGAAGAACACUAAGAUGAGUCACUCUGUAAAGUUAGUCACUUUAAUCUGCAAAGUGAAUGUUAAUACUUUAUAACAGCAGCAACUGUUUGUUGGAGUUUGUGUGAUCAAUGAAGUAAUCAAUACUUCAGAGUUCUAUUUACUGACUAAUACCUUGUUAGUUUUUCACUGAAGUUAAGGAAAUGCUUCCUUUUAUAAUGUUAUGGUACGUUUUGAAUAGUUUUGUACCUUUCUAGUUUACAACCAAAAUAUCAACAUGACUGUCUUAAAUCAAUAACACUACACCUUGUAUUUUAAGAUUAGAUAUUUGAUUAAACUUCAAUUAAAAUCCUGUUUGUUCUUUU